CAACCGUUUUAAUAUUAGAACGCUGCUUCGAAAUUUAAAACACCCGCGCUUCAAUUUACUAGUUUCGACGGUCGAAUUUGUGAAUCGAAAUUGUUUUUUUAAUCUGUGGUUUAAUUAUGGAGUUUUUUUUAAUGAAUGUUAGCUCGCUUAAGUAAAAAAAGCUUUUGAUACAGAUAACCAGUGGCCGUGGUGUGUUGUGUAGUGAUGUGCUAGUGCCAACAAUAUGGAGCCAUCGUUGCCACUCGAGGAAGACGAGGGCAGGCCUCAGCAAGGCUCCACUGGAAGCGGCUCGUCGUCUGGCACGGGUUAUUACGGACACAAGAAUGGCGAAUGGCGCGGUGAGAGGAGAAUGUUGGAUAUCACACGUGACAAACCUGUCAAAGUGUGUGUACGUGUUGUUGUACCAGUACGUGACCACCCAAAAUUCAAUUUCGUGGGCAAGCUGCUGGGCCCCAAGGGGAAUUCACUGAAAAGGCUGCAAGAAGACACAAUGUGCAAAAUGGCGGUUUUAGGACGAGGUUCUAUGAAAGACCGUCAGAAGGAAGAAGAGCUUCGUGUAUCCGGUGAUCCUAAAUUCGCACAUCUCUCCGAUGAACUACACGUGGAAAUCAGUGCGUUCGCAACACCAGCUGAGGCGCACGCACGUAUUGCAUACGCACUUGCUGAAUUGAGGAGGUUCUUAGUGCCGGACUACAACGACGAUAUAAGACAAGAGCAGAUGCUGGAAAUGCAGAUCUUGUCAUCGCAGAAUGAACAAAGGCGAUUAACUCCGCCCGACUCGUCUAGGAGUGGGAGUGAAGAAGCUUUGCCUCUGAGAGACAACGGAAACAAACAUAGAUUGAGCACCGCACCGCAGACGCCCGCACCGCCUAUGCCAGCUGCCAUAGCUGUGAACCACAAUGCAAACGUACGUGAUUUCUCACCACCUGCACCCGCAGCUGGACCCGAGCAUCUGUCUGCUCAUCAUCAGCAGCUGGCCCCUAGCCACCCUGGUCACGGUGUGCUUGUCGGGGGCGGUGUGAUGCAACAACCGCCGACACACCAUUUAAUUACGCAGAAUUCUAUAUUGGGUGCGGGUGGGGCGGGUGGCGUUGCGAGCGGUCGCAAGCGGCCGCUGCUCGGCGCACGGGCCGCCAUGUCGCCGACUAAACGCGCGGUCAUGACGCUGUUGGCACGCGCACGCGCCGCCACGCACAAGCACGCGCCGUGGCCUGCGCCAGAACACACAGCCCUACUUCCGCUUAUAAGGGACGACUUUGUAACCGGCGUCGGCGUCAAUAUCAACCUAGCGUAAUACAAUGAUUCUAGUCAGAUUCUGUUUAUAUAAAUAACCGCGAACGAUACAAUUGUAAAUAUCAUUUACAUAUUGAAAUAAUAUUGUUCAUAUAUUUACUAAAUCUUACUUAGUCUGACAAUAGCUGAGAUCAUCAAUCACACUAAAAAAACCGGUGCGUUUUGGUCAAAAUAAUAGUCAGGUGGUCAAUAGUUUCAAUUUGCAGCCUAUUAUUUAUUUAUAUCAAACUACGAAGUCUAUAAACACAUUGUCCGAUAAGAACUAAGGAAUAACAACUCGAUACCUAACCGCUCAGUGUUACUAACAAAAGAUAAUUCCAAUUUUCAAAUGACAGUUGACAGUUGAAAGCAGGUCAACGUUCUGGAAUACAUUUGAAAAUUAAAUGAAUGUUAAACUUAAUAGAAACUAUAGAUAAAAUAACAUUUUAUAAAAUUAUUUUUAAUUCAAUCCAAAGUAUAACGCAAAGGAAGAGUAGUUUACAGUUUACUCUAUCGAACAAUGUGAAAACAGUCCUAAUUAAUAUUUCUCGCAUAAAGUUAUUAUUUACGAUACAUAUAUAUGUAUAUUUUAUGUAAAAAAAUUAAUAUCGCCAAAUAAUAUGCGAUUAUUUAAUUUUAACAUUUAAUGAAAAUUAAAUAUUUUCUGUCUUUGAAUAAAACUGUAUAAUUCCGAUAAAAUCUUAAUGUUUAAGAAAAAAAUUUGUAGUAUUUAUUAUUUUUCCCAACCUAAUCCGAUCGUGGUCAUUAAAUUACAUUAAUUGUUAAAUUGUUUUAUCAAAAUAUAUAUAUAUGUCAAAGUAUAUUAAUAGUAAAAUAUAUAACAAUCUAACAGUUGAUUGAAAAAGAGGCAAAAGUAUAAAAGAAAGAGAUGAAACACCUAAAACGAAAUAUGUAUUCUAAUAAUGCGAAAUAUUUUCAUUAUCUAUGAAAUUGAAUGAAAUGUAAAAUAGAAUUUGAUUAUGUAUAAUAUUAUUUUUUUAAAUGUCAACAUUAUUUUGAUUUGAGGAUGUUUUUUUACAGUCAUAUGGCAUAAAAUAAUCUUCGUUUUAAUUUAAUUCAGUCAAUUUAUAUAAACCCCAGUAAUUUAAGGCUUUUACUUAGUAAAAAUUAAAGGACCACGGUGUUUUUUAUCCUAUGCCUUCUAGAGAAAAUAGUUUGUAUAUAAUAUAUUAUAUUAAUAAGAUGUUACAAGCAAAAAUAAUAUAUAUAUAUAUCAUAGACAAUCGUAAUUAAACUGUAGUUCAUGUAAACAUAUAUUAAGUUGGAAUUUUAAAUUUGAUCAUAGGAAAUAAUUUAUUAGAUAAAUUUAUUUAUUAAACUUUAUCUCGCUUCGUGUCUGCGCAAAAACACCUGGAUACGUCAUGACGCGGGACCUUCGUAGAAGUCAAGUGAUAAUUUGUCAUUUCAACGGUAUAAUGGCGAUGUGACCACACAUUACUUAAUACAGUAAGGCUUAUGCUUCAGGUGAAUAUUUGUUUGAUCAAAUGUUUGUGGUAUUCGCCAAUAUAGCACACACGACGUCCGGAUAUUGGCUUAAUCCAAUAUUAACUCAAAUAUACCGAAAUAUCGAAAAAACAUUUGCAAUGACAAUGGAAAGUAAAGUAUUUGCGUUAUUUGACAAAUAUACUAUAUAUAUAAUAUUUGUACAAAUAAUUCAAUGUGUACGCGUUGUCAUGUUUUGAGAAUUGAGCGAACAUUAAGCCAAGUGUAGUGCCACCAUAAAAGAAAUAAAUGUUUGUCGUUCUCCUGGUACACCGCUAUGGGUAUUCCAACAAUAUUAAUCGAUAUUAUAAUACACCACGCAGACAAAGUCGCGGGUUUUAGCUAGUAUAAUAUAUAAGUUAAUUGUUAGUCACUUCAUUACACACUAUACGGCACAUAUUUAUAAUAAAUCAGUAAUUUAAAAUGAAAACAUUUAAUAGAAAACACAUGCACUUUACCAUAGGAUUACCAUAGAAUAAAUCUGCAGCCAGACAUUCGCACAGUCAUAUAAUAUUAUAAUAAAUUAGCAAACUCAAUUCGAAUGUAUGCAAUGAUUUUGGCAUAAAUUUCCACCGCGUUUUGAUAAGUACAGAAUAAUUAAUCAUUCGAGGAAAAGUUUUUCAAAUUUUCUCAGCGAUUGUAAUAACUAAUGAAAAGAUGAUUUGUAAAUAUUUGCGCGAAUGUCUGGCCUUACAUUAUGGCGGUAAUUUCAUUUCCAUAAGAUAAUUAAUAUACAUAUAAAGAUAUAAAUGUAAUUGUAAUUAUGAUUAUAAUAUAAUAGCUUAUAAUUAAUUAUUAUCAUCAAUUUAACUGAAUAUUCAAUAUUAGAUAUUAUAUAUGUGUAAUAAGAAAGGGUAUACAUUUUUAUUUUAAUAUUAUUGGCAAAAAAAACAAUCAAAUAUCCUUUUAAUAAAAAGAAAAUAAACAAAAUUAAAAUAUUAUUUUUAAAAAUAAACAUAUAUAUAUAAAAAUAAUAGAAAUUCAUGACCAGUUAGUACACUCCCUUGCUUUGCACCUUUAGGGCUAUUCUGUAAGAACUCGAGACUCACUAAAAAACGGUCGUUAAUGGUCAGAAAGUGAUAUGCGACAUUGGCCAUAAUAAUUAUAAUAUUUCAAGAACACACCCAUCAUUAUAGUAAAUCUCCAUAAGUGGGUUGUCAACAUUUCACGGGUGAGUACCGAAGUAAGCUGUUACAGAAUCUCUCUGCUGAACUCUUUUCAGUCGCGUGAAGGCACAGGAAGUGCACUUAUGUUGCACACACAGCUGUGCACUACAAAAGUUUUCUUAUAUAAUAAUAUAAAUGAAUACUUAUAUUUAGUUACAUUUUUAUAAAUAUUUUACGAUCGAACUUUUUAUUAACAUGAACUUUUAUAUUAAAUAUUGCAAACUGGAAUAUAAGAUUUUAUUAAUAACUAUAAAAAUAAUAGUUAAAUUAAAUUUAGUUAAUAGAUUACAUGACAUAAUAUGCUUAUGUGACGUAAUUAGAAAAAAAUAUCGUCAUCUCUUUAUAGUAGGAAUAUAUAAUAGAUAAAUUUUAACAUUCAUUACAAAUAACAUAAUAUGAAAUUUUAAUAUUCUUGAAUAUGCACGGAAAUCGAACAAAUAAAAGAUCCAUAAACAAAAUUUAUAAUUUUUACAAUUAUAUAACUUUUAAUUAAUUCAAAAUAAUAAUAUAUAUAAUAAGCUAUAUAUUUUAAUCAAGAAAUAUGUAAUAAGCUAUAUAUUUUAAUUACCUUGUGUUUAUAUUUUAAACGAUGACCAAAUUACCCCCUAAUUAUUAUAGUAUUUGUCAGUCAACUGAAAAAUCACACUGACAAAUCUCUACUGUUAAUACAGACGUCGUUAUCAUUUUAUAUUAUUUAAUUUAUUUAAUAUUGUUAUUUAAAAUCUAAUUUCUCUUAAAUUAUACAACACACAUGUACGUAUAUAUAUAUUACACGUAUAUAUUUUACUUCUUAAAUAUAUAAUGUUCGUAUUUCUAUAUACUAUAUAGCCCAUUCCAAUCACAGGAAGAGUAAAGACAAAACAACUCAGAGAUCUUGAGUAAUCUAUGGUAUUCAUUACGAAUAUCCACGAAGUUAUCAUCGGAAUAUUGGAAGUUAAAUUUAAGUGGAUAUGAGAAUUUGAAUAGGAAUGUAUUUUAUUAUAAAUAAAGAUAUGUUAAUCAAGAAACAAUCAAACGGUUAUAGAGUAUAAUAUAGAAGAGCUAUUUGCAAAUUGCAUGGAAUAUAUAAAUCUGUUUGUGUCGAUUGGAAUAGGCUAUACUAGGCUAUAUCGUCUCAAGGUAAUCAAUGGUUUAGUUUUUUUGCAAAAGUUAGUUUUAUAUAAACUAUACAAUAUAUAAUAAGGAAAAGUAUAUAGCAGUGCAUAUUGUAUCAAGAUUAAUUCGUUGUACUCAAGAUACUUUAAGAUUAAUGUUCAUUGUAAUAUUUGCCAUAGCUAUCAUUGUUUGAUACAUAACUGUCAGUUGUGUAUGCACUGAAUAUAGAAAUAAAUAUAUAAAUUAGC